AUGUCGAAAAUCCGGAACUCCUUUUCGAAGCUGCAGUUCAUCUUCCGGACUGGGGUCUUGCCAAGCAGUGCCGCGAUCAGAUCAUCGGCUGUGUACGCCCCUGAAUUCGCCAUUCAAAGCACUACGUAUGGAGCAAUGCUGGCAAUUCUGGGUGAUCCGGAAGACGUUCCUGCCACACAUCCAAAGAAAAUGGUGGAAGAAGUCACCCAAGCCUUAGUGGUAGGCUGGAGAGUUUUGCCUCCAAUUCUGACAUCGGCGCACACGAAACUCCUGCAACAAAUGACGAUGAUUCGUGAAGUGGGAGAUGUACUCGAUCUGAAACGUGCACUUGAUGCUGGAAAUCAGAAUUGCGGUGCUGUCAUGCAAGAGAUGAAAACGGUCAUUAAAAUAUGGAGAUCACGUACCUAUUCGCUAUCCGAUGACAUGUCGUUUAUCUCGUUGAUGUAUGAUUGGCGAAGUCAAAUUCACACCAUGAUGGUGCAACAAUUCCACGAGUGGGAACGUAGUGGGAUAGUGAUGCCUCCGGGCAUGAAUCCACAAUCGAUUCUCCCGAUUCACUCGGCAGCUACAGGACAGCUGUUCUUGGCAAGAGCAGCACGAGAAAGGGGAAUGGAUCAAGUGGCGAUCAGAACUCUGAAUAAGUACGAUUUCGAGUUCACCGUAUCUUUUGAAAUCUUCGAUAAGGAUUUCAGGCUACAUACACUGAUUACACUUCCAAUGAUGGAUUGUCAUCAAAAGAUCAUUGAUCACUUGAAAACACUGCGAAGAAUGGCCAAGAAACAUACGACCACUGCACAGCAGAAAAUGGAUCUUCUCCAGGAAGCUCUACUGAUGACUGAAGCUGCUCGUAUCGAAGACUUCUCUCGUGAUCAGUGCUGUCGUCUUUUCUAUCAAAAGGGCUCCAUUCUCAGCCAGUUGGACAAGUAUGCACCAAAAUUUUGGUCCAUUUUUCUUCUGUUUAAAGUGGCACGCUUAGGGAUAGCUGGUUUCGUAGUGUGA